AUGAAUGGAAUAGGCACUGAAGAGCCAGUGGCUGGGCCCCCAGUGGUGGACGAGAGUCGCAGAGUUGCUGGUUUCAACGGGUUCUGGGGUACGCAGCCAGUCAUACAUAUUCAAGGCAGCCAAGAGGCUCCAGAUGGUCCUAUAAGGCUCUAUGAUCUUGAGCAAAUACCCAAGGAAGCUUCCCCUCUCCUCGAAGGCUUUGAAUGGGCUACCUUAGACAUGGCAGAUGAAAGGGGGGUUGAGGAAUUGUGGCAGCUCCUUUCUGAGCACUAUAUGGAAGACGGGAACAGUACAUUCCGUUUUGGUUACUCGCAAGAAUUUCUUCGCUGGGCUCUGAUGACACCUGGUUGGAGGAGUGGAUGGCAUAUUGGUGUGAGGGCUACUCAAUCGCGCAAGCUGGUAGCUUCGAUCUGCGGUGUCCCUAAUAAAAUCAAUGUCCGGGGUCAGAGUCUUCUGGUUGCCGCGAUCAACUUCCUUUGUAUCCACAAGAAGCUGCGGUCAAAGAGGCUGGCACCGCUGCUUAUUAAGGAAGUUACCCGUCGUUGCUGUCUAGAUGGUGUAUACCAAGCCAUAUAUACAGCAAAAGACGUCCUCUCUACUCCCAUUGGCACUUGCCAAUCCUACCAUCGACCACUUAACUGGGUGAAGCUUUAUGAGGCUGGCUUCAUAUCACACUCUUAUAUUCCCAGCAAGACACGAGAAGCUGCAAAGUACAGGCUUUCUGACAAAACUUCUACUCCUCGGUUGCGUGCUAUGCAGACGGGAGAUAUCGAUGCUGUCUGGUGCCUGCUCGGAAAAUACCUUCGCCGCUUCCAUUUGUAUCCAGUUUUCAGUCGGGAAGAUAUCGGUCAUUGGCUACACGCUACAGGCAGCAACACAGAUCAGAUCAUCUGGCCAUAUGUUGUGGAGACGCCUGGAACCAAAAAGAUCACGGAAUUUGUCUCGUUUUACGGUGUUGAUGCCAAGGUACUUCUAAGCUUCAAGCAUAGCAAUGUACGGAUGGCCUCUCUUUACUAUUAUGCAUCUGAAACUGCGUUCACUGGAGAGGAGAAUGGACUUCAAGAACGCCUUCAAAUGUUGAUUAACGACGCACUUAUUCUGGCUAAGAAUGCUGGGUUUGACGUGUUCAAUGCGCUCGCCCUCUAUGACAAUUCUCAUUUUCUUGAACGACUUAGGUUCCGUCCCGGUAAUGGUCAGCUCCAUUACUACAUGUACAACUACCGCACCUCUCCAAUUCCUGGGGUUGCACAUCACAAAGAUACCGGGGGCAUCGGACUCUUGAUGCUAUAG